GUUAAAACCAUUAUCUGCGUUGUGUAUCACAAUAUAUCAGUGUUCUAUACAAAAUCAUUAUCAGGAAAUUUGUAAAUCGAGCAGGAGCCGAUUGUAUGAGGCGUUAGAAUUUUUGCUUUUACUUUGUGGUAAAUCUCUAGGUUUCAUUGUCAUAAUGGCUGACCAAAAAGUUGCUUUGAUCACGGGUGCAAGUUCUGGUAUUGGUGCUGCAACCGCUGUACAUUUCGCGAAACUAGGAUACAAAUUAGCCCUUUGUGGGAGGAACUCAGCUGCGCUUGCUGAAACAGCAACCCAUUGCCUGGAAGCAAAUGACAAACAAUCUGCAGACAAUGUACUACAAUUGGCUGGUGACAUGUCUGUGGAAAAGGAUUGUGAAGAUGCAGUGAAAAAAGCUGUUGAGAAAUUCAAUAGAUUAGAUGUUCUCAUUCCUUGUGCAGGAAUAUUAACUACUGGCCCACUGGAAACUAUAUCAAUGGAUGAAUAUGACAAUUUAAUGAACAUCAAUUGCCGGUCAAUCAUCUUACUAAUGAAACUUUGCACUCCCCACCUCAUUGAAACAAAAGGGAACAUUGUAAAUGUUUCUAGUGUGACAGGACUAAGAGCUUUUCCAGGUGUGCUGUCCUACUGUAUCAGUAAAGCUGCUGUUGACCAGCUGACUCGAUGUUCUGCAUUGGAAUUAGCACCAAAGGGAGUGCGCGUCAAUGCUGUAAAUCCUGGUGUCAUCAUUACCCAUUGCCAUAAGCGCGCUGGAAUGACUGACGAGGCAUACGCCAAUUUUUUAGAACAUUCGAAAACUACGCAUGCCCUUGGACGUCCUGGCACUGCGGACGAGGUUGCUAAAGCUAUUGCAUUUCUGGCUUCAGAUGACGCCUCGUUCAUCACAGGGGUCACACUUCCCGUGGAUGGCGGCCGUGGCAUAAUGUGCCCCCGGUUUGGAAGCAGUUUGUUAUGCUUGAAAAAUUAUGCUAGCAAAGGAAAUGAGGACUUUAUGUCUAACCUGAAAGUCGCUCUAAUUACUGGUGCAAGCUCCGGAAUUGGUGCAGCAACCGCGGUGCAUUUCGCUAGCAUAGGCUACAGGUUAGCUAUUUGCGGAAGAGAUGAAACUGCUUUAGCUAAGACUGCCGCGCAAUGUUUGGAGGCCAAUCCCCAUCUGCUAUCACAUGAUGUAUUGGCUUUGGUUGGCGAUCUGACGGUGGAAAAGGAUUGUGAGGAUGCGGUCAGCAAAACAAUAGAGCGUUUCAAAAGACUUGAUGUUCUUAUUCCAAAUGCUGGAAUCCUAGUAAUUGGGUUUCUUGAAACGCAUUCAUUGGAGGAUUACGACCGUGUCAUGGAUAUUAACUGUCGUUCAAUCAUCGCCUUGAUGAAGUUGUGCAUUCCUCAUCUUAUCGAAUCGAAGGGAAACAUAGUCAGUGUUUCCAGCAUUUGCGGGCUGCGAGCGUUUCCCGGUUCCCUCUACUACAAUGUUAGCAAAGCAGGAGUCGACCAACUAACUCGAUGCUCUGCAUUAGAAUUAGCUCCUAAAGGAGUCCGCGUGAACGCUGUCAACCCGGGUGUGAUCAUCACAGAAUGCCAGAAACGAGCAGGGAUGACCGACGAAUUUUACGCCAAAUUCAUGGAACAUUCGAAAACGACACAUCCACUUGGGCGUCCUGGCACGGCGGAAGAAGUUGCCAAAGCGAUUGCGUUUCUUGCCUCGGACGACGCCUCUUUUAUUACAGGAGUAACACUACCCGUAGAUGGUGGUCGGAGUGUAUCUUGUCCUCGCUAAUCAGCAAGCUACUUAUCAAAUACAAUAAAUGCCUAGACAAAA